AGUUCGGACCGAUUGGGUGUGUGUGCACUACUGUGCUGCUAGCAGAAUGGCCACCGCGAACCCGCCCGCCUAUCACUGCAUCGUUUGCACCCUGACGAAGAUUCCUUUCGCUUCGUUGAGCAAAGAAAGCCAACAGAAAAUCGUUCGCAAUGGGCGCCCAACGCCGAAAAUGCGUAACCUUACGUCGCGCUGUCUGAAUUCCCUUAACCUGAACGUACACGAUUGGAUGACCGGUUGCGAUCGCGACCGGAAGCUCUACUGCUGGCCGUGUCUGCUGUUCAACACGUCCGAGUACGACGUGUGGGGCAAACGCGGUUUUGGUGACUUUUAUCGGCUUUCCUUGGCGACGAUCGAUCAUACGAAGGACGUGUCGCACCAGGCGAAGAGCAAAACACUGAAACUGUGGACCGAAACGGCCUGCGAGCAGAGCGACAGCAGUGGGGCCGAGGAAGACGUGGAGUGCAUUCCGGAGCUUGACUUUCUCAAUGCCUCCGCCUCCGAGCUGGACGAAGAGAUAGACGUGAAACCGAACGUUGAGGCGCUGAACGCGGCGAUUGGUUUCUCGCAGCAUCUGUCCGGGCAAGUGGUGGAUCUGUGUGAAACGGCCGAAGAUGGCAGUGGAAUGGACUUUUCCAGAACUGCGGCAAUUAAUGCGAACAGUCAGGAGUUGGGAGAAAACAGUCGCACCAGCAACGCAUCGUCCAGUGCCGCGGGGCAAGGGACGAUGGCGGACGAUUUAGCACGUAUCUACAAAACCCCUUUCCCCGAAGUAGCGAAUCCUAUGAUGUCACAGUCGGUUCAGAACGGUACGGAAAAGUACCAACUUAAAUGGCACUCGCAUCAUCAGAACAUGAACGUUUCGUUGUCCAAUCUCUACAAAAACGAUCGGUACGCCGACGUCAUGCUGCUAACGUGCAGUGGGGAAGAAAGCUAUGCGAUACCUGCCCACAAACUGAUACUUGGAACUUCCAGCUUGUACUUUGCAAACAUUUUCGACAAAAACGCAGUACCGACGAAUGCGAUCACCUACAUCGUGCUUCCACCCGAUCUGACGCACCGCUCGAUGCAGAUUCUUAUACAGUACAUGUACACCGGCGAGUCGACCGUCUCGACGGACAUCCUCAACGAGGUGCUGCGCGGCGGAGAUAUACUGAAAAUCCGUGGACUCUGGCGAAACGAUUGCUCAAAAACGGCUUCCAAUGCUUCCGACGGCAACAAGGAGCACCCGCUGGGUGAAUCCGCGAGUCGGUUCGUUAGCCCCGUCACCGUUAACCUGCCGCAGGUGUCCCCGGCACCAGUGUUUGCGUCGGGAACGGGACUGAUAAAUAUUAAGCGUGACGUAGCGAUCGAUCCGGGCGAGCGACGACGGACCGGGUCCGCCGACGACGGGAUCCGACGUUCGUACAAAAAUCAGGAAAACAUCCUUCACCCGAACGGUGGUGACCCGUCGCAGCAACAAGCGCAACCAAGAAAUCAUUCCCCACUACCCGGUGAACAUUCGUUUCCGGUUCACGAACAUCCACGGCGAAGCGCCAAACAAGAAGCAGAGAAUGUGGGAAAUUCUACACCGAACUCGUCAGCAGGACCGCCCCCGGGGGGUGCAUCGGCAAUACCGGCGGAGUUGAACUUUCUCAACGUCAAAGCGGAACCGGUCGAGUGGAUGGAUGUGAGAGCGGGUGAACUGCCCCAGCUUUCCGGUGCGGUGAGCCCCGCUGGCCAGAAGGCAGCCGCCGGGAGCCAAUCAGCGGAGCUGCAAGUGAAAGUCGAAGCCGAAUCGGGAGCGGACCAUUCGCGGCCAUCUUCCAGCUCCUCUGCCGAGCAACCGACAUACUCACCGUUGACCUGCGAGCUGUGCGCCGAAACAUUUACCGUCCCCGGCGAGUGGGUUCGCCACAUUGAGGGCCACGGCGAUACUUCGCACGCGUUGCCGAAACGCAGGCGACGAACGGAAGAGUCCGAAGACGCUGACAUAACGGCGGCGCUGCGAUGUGACCUGUGUGCGACGUUCUACGUAACACCCGCCGAUUGGGUGCGCCAUGUUCAGAGUGCGCACACGGAAACGGAACUGGCCAUUUCGAACAAACGGCAGGCGUAUCCGCGAUACGGUGCCACGUCAAACUCCACACACCACCAGUCUUCACCGACGACGGCCGCCGACGACGAGCCGGGUGCGCAGCAGCAGGAUAAGCUGUGCACCGUUUGUAAUAAAUCGUUCCCAUCCUGCGCCAGCAUGAUCGUGCACAGGCGCACGCACACCGGCGAAAAACCAUUCUACUGCGACACGUGUAACAAAGGGUUCAACGUUAAGUCGAAUCUUCUGCGACAUCUGCGAACGCUUCACAACCAGCACGGCGAGCUUCCCGCUUCACCGCACACCGAUGCUGCGGACAGUCACGGCUCCGAGUGACGUGGCUGGGGGAAGGGGGUAUCGAAACCGGACGGUUAACGAAGCAAUUGAACUCUGGUCGGUUGUUUGCUCUUCCUGUGCAGUAUCGAAACUUAUUUAUUUUCUAUUAAGGCUUUACUCUGUGUACUGUGUAACACCCCUGAGAAGCAUUCUACCCGCAUCGAGAACAGGCAGCGAGAG